ACUCAUCACGCACAACAAAUCACAUUUCACAAUCCUCUCCUUCACCUCCCAAAAUGAAAAAAAUCGCGCUGAUCGGGCCAUGGGGAAGCUCUGAUGGACAACACUGGUCCUUCAAAGCUGAAGGAAAAAUCACGAAAAUAAUCAUCAACCAUGGAGAAGUCAUCGACGCCAUCGGCUUCGCUAGCCAAGACGACGAGGGUAACGUCCUCCAUUCACCAAAGUAUGGUGGUUAUGGUGGCGAUUACACCGAGGUUAACAUAGACAUUGAUGUGGAGGAGUUAAACUGCAUGAGUGGGACGAUUGGAUGGUUUGACUCAAAGUUGGUUGUGACAUCGCUAUCAUUUUCGACCGAUGUAAAUAAGUUUGGACCGUUUGGUGUCGAGAACGGGACUCAUUUCUCGGUGCCAAUUUCCAAAGCAAGAUUUGCGGGUUUCUUUGGCCGAAGCAGCGACUACCUCGAUGCUAUCGGUGUGUACCUCAACCCGACAUGAUUUGGUUGCGGUUUGUGAUGUGGGAUCGAGGAAGAUGGUAGAUCGAAGAAUUAAAUAAACAUGAUAUCGGUUGUUGUUGGUUCAUCUUUUAAUGUUGUGAUCAAAAAUCAAAAUGCUAGUAUUUUUGUUGAAGUUUCGUUUUCAAAUAUUUCAAGUGCUUUUU